UUCCAAGAAGUCCUUUGCUUCCCAAGCUACAGCUAACAGUCUAAUACAAUUUGCGAUUUCAUCAAAGCAGAGCGGAGUCCACAAUGGUUAGAUUUUUUGUCGAUUUCUCUAUCAUCUUCUUCCAAUUACUACUGCCACCUAUCAGACCAAAGCACAGGACCCAUCAUGUCUCUGCUUCAGUUCGACAGGAAGAUCAAUAGGAUGCUAAGCAAUGGAAAGAAGAGCAAGAAACCUCACAACGUCAAUGAUCAUCAAAUUCAUGAGAAGAGCAUGAGUGGUUCUAACUUCUCAACUCAAGCACAAGACGUGACUAGCUCAAGCAUUUCACAUUCCUUGUCGCACAUAUGGGAGCUCGAGAACAAGCAAGCUCUAGCUCUCUCCAGCAGGAGAGACAGGUUGGACAUCUCAGAACUGAAGUCUGAGCUCGAAGAGAUCCAUUCACUGUCCUACAGUGAUCCUUCUAUGGCCGAGAAAUAUGAGUUACUAAGCAGUAACUCCGAUGCUGGAACAGAUCUCACAACAAAUAGCAGUUCUUCCAUUACUUGUUCAGCUCAGCCAGCUGCAGCAUUCUACAGUAGCAUCUCGCUGAGAAAUGAUGCUUCAGUCUUGGAAUUGUGUGAAAGUGUUGAUAGAUUAAACCAGUACUUGAAGGCAGCUAAGGUUGAGCUCAAAGGUGGUGUUCCAGGGAAAUUCUUGCACGCUGUGAUUGGACAGGAGGCUGCUGAUGUUGGAUCAGUUGUUUCCACCAUUGCUUGUGCCUUUUUCUUGAGUGAAACUCGACCGAGUAGCCAAAUCUGUGUUUUGCCUGUCAUCAACUGCAGACACUCAGAUUUUGUGAUGCAUUCGGAGCUCAAAUGGUUGCUAAAGACAUGCCGAGUUGACGAAUCAUCUCUAGUUUUCAUUGAUGAGAUUGAUCUUGCUUAUCACAACCGGUUUGGAAAUUUGAAGCUAGUAUUAGUAAAUGGGCACAAGUUUCCAUCAAAAAAAAAGGGACUAAACGAUGCACCUGUUGAAGAAUUCAAUCCUAAAGAGGAUGGUUCGUGUUGUACACUAAUAUCUGAAAAGUACGCGGAGACAUCACCAGAGAUCCUAGCAGGGAAUGGCUUUAGUAGAUUAUUGCUAUCAGGAAUCCUCUUAGACACAAAAAAUAUGAAUUCUUCUAAGUGCACAUCUAAAGACAGAUACAUGGCUACACUCUUGAUUAGAGGAUCAGGGCGAUUUGGAUGUAGUGGACUUUACCAGAUAUUGAAGCACAAAAUAUCAGAUAUAUCAGAUCUUAGGGUGAGGGAUAUACUCUAUAAAGAUUUCAAGAAAUGGGGCAGAGUUUCAGGAGAAAGGUCCAAAAAUAUACCCAAUACUAUUGGGAUGAGCUCAAUCGGUAUUUCAGUCGAAGAACUUCUUAAACAAGAAGAAUUUGCUCAAGUCGAGGUGAUCUCGUUUCUAGCAUCCGAAAAGUUGCGGCUACUUAUGAUUGUUUCAGGAUACUAUGAUAGCCUGAAGACUUUUAAGAGAGAGAUUUUGGUUUCUACUGACACCCCAGAGGUUAUGAGGAACUUCCUGAAUUUCUUCAGUAUCAAUGGCACAAACCUUCCACUCAAAGCCAUGAGACAAUUAGAUCUACGGGAAGAGUUAAGAGCGUUUGAGAUCGAUAACAUGUUGACAUCCAGGAGAAGUAUUGAGAAGCUUUUGGAAGAAUUCAACAUGAUGUUAAGGAGGCACUAGCAAUUUCAAUUAGCUUUCAUUAUUUGAUCAAGAUUUGCCAAGUUAUAAAAGAACCUGAGAGUGCAAUUGUGGUGUAUGUAAUGCUGAGAUUGGUUUUUGAGUCAUCAAAAUUCAUAAGAACUUUUCUUCUUCUAAGUUAACCAGGGAUUCC